UCGAUAUUUAGAUGAUUUGAUAAACUGGUGAAAUAACGUAUAAAGAGUGAUGAUAUUAAACACAUUAGCAUCAACUAAUCAACAAGUUUCAUUCAAAAACAUUUUAUUCUUUUGUGCAACAACCAUGAAAAUGAUCGCAACUCUCUUCGUUGUCUUUGCUUUUGCCUCUUCAGCUUUUGGUCAUUGUCCAUUUUCACCAUUUAUUCCCGAGGCUGAUAUUGGUGCAAUUGCUGGUCGUUGGUAUAACGUUAUUGAACCAACUCUUGGUGGUUUCCCACAAAAUUUAACAAAUAUUAAUACAAUGAAUUUCACUCCUCGAGAAGAUGGAAACUUCAAUCUUACAAUUAGUGGAACUGAUCCUGAUGGCUCAAAUAAAAGCGAACAUUUGUUAGCCGAGCGUACUGAACAUCCACAACGACUCAAUAUCUACGAAUUUUCAAAAAAUACUCCAUAUAAAGUUACCUUCACUGUGAUGGAAACUGAUGAUUACGUUAACUAUCUUGGUGGCUAUUUUUGUUUAAUAACUACUACUCGCUCUUUCCCUGUAUCCGGUGGAAAUUUCUCUAGAACUGACUCCAUGAAUGCUAUCAAGAAUGUCCAGCUGACCGAUUUGUUGGUUGAUAAAGUUGGCGUAUCUGGCGAUAGAGUCCGACAAAUAAUCAAUUAAGACUGCAUAUUAGAAGUUCCAACUUGAUAACUUGAAUAAAAUUGAGUUUUCACUGAUAUGGAUGAUGACCUUAAACAACACAAUUUACAUAAAUAAAUGAAUAGUUAUCGCGUUAUUAAGUGAAUGAUCGAAGGAGGGUGUGAAAAGAAUAUGCGAAAUGGCCUAUCCUCGGUUUAAAUGGGUUUUGCAUAUGAUACAGAUUUAUGUGCAGAUUACAGAAAUUAAACUAAUUUUUUGCAUAGCUAAUUGGACAGCUAAUUGAUUUUUUGCA